AUGGGCGGAGCAGCAUCGAAACCACAUGGACGCCAGGCCCUCGACCUCCAGACCAUACUGGGUCACCCUCAACCCAAACCUCGCAAAUCGAUCCGCCUCCUCGAUCUACCUCCAGAACUCCGUCUGAUUAUAUACUCGCACUACCUCGCCACUCAAAUCGAUUCCAUCAACUACAAUCACACCCGCCCACCCUUGCUCUCGGUCUGCAGACUCAUCCGCGAAGAAGCAAUCUGCCAGUACAAAAAGCUUCUCCUAACCCUCUGGAAUGACAACUGCGGAUCGAUUCGUCAGACCUUGCGUAUGUAUCCGCAUUUCCAGGAUUACAAUCUCAAGGCGGUGAUGUAUUACGCCAUCAGGCACGACAUUGAGAUGGCGGCGAGUUUGGGUAUGUGGUUUUUGCAAGAGCUGAGGAUGAUGGAGCGGGAGGGACAGCUUUGGGGCGGGGACCAGUGUCUGGGCUGUCGAGUGAAGCUUGAGCUUUUGGAACUGCGAAUGGCGUUUUACAGGUUGCCGAUAUUAGUUGGUGAGGAUGGGUGA